AUGAAAAAGGAGGCCAACUGGCAGGACAGAUUACGCCCUGAGGCCAAUUUCAACAUUAAUUCACAGUUCAACAGUAACUCACAGUUCAACAGUAACUCACAGUUCAACAGUAACUCACAGUUCAACAUUAACUCACAGUUCAACAGUAAUUCACAGUUCAACAUUAACUCACAGUUCAACAGUAAUUCACAGUUCAACAGUAAUUCACAGUUCAACAGUAACUCACAGUUCAACAGUAAUUCACAGUUCAACAGUAACUCACAGUUCAACAGUAAUUCACAGUUCAACAGUAACUCACAGUUCAACAGUAACUCACAGUUCAACAGUAAUUCACAGUUCAACAUUAACUCACAGUUCAACAGUAAUUCACAGUUCAACAGUAAUUCACAGUUCAACAGUAACUCACAGUUCAACAGUAAUUCACAUAACUCACAGUUCAACAGUAACUCACAGUUCAACAGUAACUCACAGUUCAACAUUAACUCACAGUUCAACAGUAAUUCACAGUUCAACAUUAACUCACAGUUCAACAGUAACUCACAGUUCAACAUUAAUUCACAGUUCAACAUUAAUUCACAGUUCAACAGUAACUCACAGUUCAACAGUAACUCACAGUUCAACAGUAACUCACAGUUCAACAUUAACUCACAGUUCAACAGUAAUUCACAGUUCAACAUUAACUCACAGUUCAACAGUAAUUCACAGUUCAACAGUAAUUCACAGUUCAACAGUAAUUCACAGUUCAACAUUAACUCACAGUUCAACAGUAACUUACAGUUCAACAUUAACUCACAGUUCAACAGUAACUCACAGUUCAACAGUAACUCACAGUUCAACAGUAACUCACAGUUCAACAUGAAUUCACAGUUCAACAUUAACUCAUAG